AUGCCAUCCUGGCCGAAUAAGCGACCCCGACAGGGUAGCCUGCAUCGUGAGCCCCAGUACUCUCAAGCGAGCUGCUCGCAUUGUCUGGACUACAAGAUGCUCAGUCGGUAUCCGCCGCGUCCUCGCCUGACGCGGUUGGAUACCAAGCCUCGCUCGACAUCGUCUAUUUCCAGCGUCUCGUCAGCGGAUAUGUCUGACGUUUCUGUCUCCCUACCACCACCAACAGCUGUAGUAGCAGCAGCGACAAUGACCGACUUAGUGUCUACGUUAGAUCAACCGGCGCCUAAAGAGGAAGGCUCGCCGUUAACUGCAGCGACGCGGUUUUCACCUAAGGGCGAAGAACCGCUGCAUUUACUGGACCUUGAAUUUAUGAUGCAUUGGUGUACGACGACAUAUCGCUCCAUGGCUCGAGAUCAUGCAGCCGAGACGUUAUGGCAGAUGGCCAUUCCUCAAUUAUCCUUGCGGUUUCCCGCCCUGCGACAUGGUCUAUUGGCGUUGUCGGCGUUGCAACUAGCUCGAGAUACGCCAAGUUCAACGCGGAAAUGGCGAUAUAUGGUUUCGGCGCGUGAGCAUCAAACUCAUGCUCUAGCGGGUGUUCAGUUCGACAGCGCGGAAGAUCUCACAACGGCGCAAUGUAAUGCAGCGUUUGCGCUAUGCUGUGUAUUGGUGGUCUUCCCCUUUGCAUAUUGUCUGAUUGAUGACUCGGACGUGGAGGAUGAGGACGAGCGACCUGAGGUGCUGGAUGAAUUUCUGGAAGUCUUUGAACUCACACGCUGGCUCGUGGGAGCCAUGAUGCUCAUGAUGGACCGGGUUGCCAGCGGCGAACUAUACCCACUUGUACGACCGGAGCCAACUCGGCCAACAAUGCCGGACAUGUCUCAAUUGGUUAUCUCGGCGUUGAGGAGGCGCAAUGUAGUGGAAGCAGAGCGAGAUCCCUCCCAUGAAACAGAUGUAUACGAGCAGGCCCUCGAGCAUCUACGCUACUCUCUGGAACAAUUGAUGGGCGGAGGUGAACCCAAGGAUUUCGCCUUUUGCUGGGCAUUCCGUAUACCCGUGCGAUUCCAAGACUUGGUUCGGGAGAGGGAGCCUUUCGCUUUGGUUGUCCUGGCUCACUAUGCUGUGGUUUUGCAUCAUAUGCAUCAGGCCUGGUGGAUGGGGAAUUGGGGAACCCGGAUACUCAAGGAAAUUGCCGACUAUUUGGAUCCUGAGUGGCGGGAGUUGAUUCGCUGGCCUAUCGAUGCAACAGGUUGUUCGGUGCCAGAGGUAUGA